CACGCUCUUUAGUCUUCUCGAUCGCAGAAGAGCCAGAGAAAUGGAGAUCAUCGCGAGGAGGAGCUCCGCUCCGCUUCUUCUUCUUCGUCUUGCCUUCCUGUACUCUCUCCUACUGCAAAGACCCGUUUUUGCUGCCAGGAAGGCGUAUGUGGUGUACCUCGGCGAGCACUCGCACGGGUCCGGAUCAGCGUCUUCCUGGGAAGGUUCCAAGAGAGCAACCGAGUCUCACUAUGAGCUGUUGGGUUCAGUGCUGGAGGACAAGGAGAAGGUCCAAGACGCAAUAUUUUACUCCUACACCCACAACAUUAAUGGCUUUGCAGCUUACCUUGAGGAGCAAGUGGCACUGAAGAUAUCGAAGUAUCCUGGAGUCGUUUCAGUGUUUCCUAAUCGAGGAUACAAGCUCCACACCACCCAUUCGUGGGAAUUCCUGGGCCUCGAGAGGGAUGGCAGAGUUCCAAAGCAAUCACUGUGGAGAAAGGCUCGGUUCGGCGAGGACACUAUCAUUGCAAAUCUUGAUAGCGGUGUGUGGCCGGAGGCUCAAAGCUUCAAGGAUGAUGGCUUGGGACCAAUUCCAUCAAAGUGGAAAGGAAUCUGCCAGAAUGACUUUGAUGAAAGCUUUUCAUGCAACAGGAAGCUGAUCGGAGCGAGGUACUUCAACAAGGGCUAUGAAGCCCUGGUUGGGCCACUCAACGCCACCUUCAAGUCUCCGCGAGACUACGACGGGCACGGGACGCACACCCUCUCCACCGCCGGCGGCGGGUUCGUUCCGAGCGCCAACAUCUUCGGCUACGGCAACGGCACGGCCAAGGGCGGCUCCCCCUGGGCCCGGGUCGCUGCGUACAAGGUAUGCUGGCCGCCGGUGAACGGCAGCGAGUGCUUCGACGCCGACAUCCUGGCCGCCUUCGACGCGGCGAUCCGUGACGGCAUCGACGUGAUCUCCGUCUCGCUGGGUGGAGACCCGGUGGACUAUUUCCAGGAUGGGCUGGCCAUCGGGUCGUUCCACGCUGUGAAGAAGGGGAUCACGGUGGUCUCCUCCGCCGGCAACUCGGGGCCGAACCUUGCCACCGUCUCAAACUUGUCUCCUUGGAUGUUUACUGUGGGAGCAAGCACCAUGGACAGGCAGUUCCCCUCUGUUAUUGUCUUCGACGACAAGAGGAUUAAGGGAGAGAGCCUAUCACCCAAGGGAUUGCCAGGCAAAAGGCUCUACCCAUUGAUCAGCUCUGCAGAAGCCAAACUGGUCAACGCAUCAGCACGGCAGGCUAGGUUGUGCUACUUGGGAUCUCUGGAUCCAGCAAAGGUGAAGGGGAAGAUUGUUGUAUGCCUCCGCGGCAUCACUGCGAGAGUGGAGAAGGGAGAGGCAGUUCAUCAGGCUGGUGGCAUUGGAAUGGUUCUUGCAAAUGAUGUCGACAACGGGAAUGAAAUCGUAGCCGACGCGCAUGUCCUCCCUGCAACUCACAUCACCUACUCUGAUGGCCUCACCCUCUUCUCCUACCUCGGAGCCACCAAGUCACCGCUGGGUUACAUUACGAGGCCGAAGACAAAGCUCGGAGCAAAACCAGCACCGUUCAUGGCAGCAUUCUCCUCCAAAGGCCCAAAUACCAUCACUCCUGAGAUCCUUAAGCCUGAUGUCACUGCACCAGGUGUGAGUGUUCUUGCUGCCUACUCUGGCGCAGUCGGGCCUACGGGUCUUGUCUUCGACGGUCGUCGUGUUGCCUUCAACGCCGAGUCCGGCACCUCCAUGUCCUGCCCCCACAUAUCUGGAGUUGCAGGCCUCCUCAAGACUCUCCAUCCAGAUUGGAGUCCCGCUGCGAUCAAAUCUGCAAUUAUGACAACCGCGAGGACACGGGACAACAUGAAGGAGCCGAUGCUGAACUCAUCCUUCAACAAGGCCACCCCGCUCGGCUACGGCUCCGGCCACGUACGGCCGAACCACGCCAUGGAUCCCGGCCUGGUCUACGACAUGACAACGACCGACUACUUGGACUUCCUGUGCUCCCUCGGCUACACCACCGCCCAGCUCGCCAUGUUCAACGGCGAACCGUACGCGUGCCCCUCCACGCCGCUUCACAUCAGAGACCUGAACUAUCCGUCGAUCACCAUCCCUGACCUGCAAUCCUCCACGAAGGUGGCUCGCGUGGUUAAAAACGUUGGCCCGCCGGGCACGUACGUGGUUCGGGUGGUGGAACCGAGAGGCGUCUCGGUCACCGUGAGCCCGGCAAGCCUUACGUUUGAGAAGGUCGGUGAGGAGAAGAGAUUUGAAGUCACUGCGGGGAUCAAAGAAGGGAAGACAGAUGGUGGAGGGUAUGUGUUUGGUGGGCUGAUAUGGUCGGAUGGCAAACACUAUGUGAGAAGUCCACUGGUGGUGAAGUGCUCCAGCAGCUCAUGGGAGCCUUGAGAACGACAAGGGAUAAGAUAGUAGUAGGAUUCUGGCAUUCUUUUCUUGUGGUUUUGUGAUUCUUGUGCACUGGAUUUGUGCCAGUCUGGUGGUUGGAUUCAUUGGAAGAUGAAUAAAGCUUCACAAGAUCUAGCUUUAGCCGAA